UUCAUAACGCUUGUGCUCUCUUCGGUUUGUAAUUUUAUGAGAAAAAUGAACAGAAGUGCUUCAUUUGUUUUUGGAAUCUGGUGGGGUUUCGUCCAUUUAAUUGCACUAUAUUUGAAGUAUAAAACUCUCUGAAUCUAAAUUAGUGUUCAGGUGGCUUUACAUUUUUUACUACUAACUAUACAGAUUUAUCAGCAACUUUCAUGGUGAAAUGGCCAGAGCUGCUUCUAAACUCUCAAAGUCUAAGAAUCAGUCUACUAACAAAGGACAAACAAGAAUUUCAUCUUUUUUUGUGACAGCAGCACAAAAAAAAACUUCACUAUUUACCACUGUAGGAGACAAAGACGUACACAAUAUUAAGCUUACAGAAAACAAAACUAAAAACCCAUUGCAUGAAAAGAUAAUACCAAAUAAUUUUCCACAUUUAUCAACAUGUGAGAAAACUGAAACCCCUUUAGAUCCAGAUAUUUUAUUUUUUCAAAAUCAUGAUGAUGUAUCAGAAAGAGAACUAAGUUUUAGUGAAAGAUCCAACAAAGAUAGUCUAAAGAAAAUAUCUUUAAGUGAAAGUUUGAACCAAAAUAUUUCUGAUGUUGAAGAAAAGACAUGCAUCAGUAAUGAAAAUAAUAAAUGUUUGUCUUACAAGGAAUCUCUAACACCAAGUGUAAUAUCAGACUCACCCAACAAUGGAGAUUUCAACCUCUCUAACUCAGAAGAUGAAGAUGCCUCAAUAAUUCCUGAGACUCCACAAGAAAUUAAAGGAAAAUUAGUUAGAAUAAAAAAUACAGGCACCUCAAGUGAUAGUAAUUUGGUAAAAAGACACAUCUUGCGAACUAGAAUUGGUAGAAAACAGUUAUUUUCUGUUGGUUCAUGUAAACAAAACUGCGUAAGUGAUGAUGUUACUUUUGAAAAACUAAAAGCAAACAAUGGGAAUAAGAUAACAGUCAAACGUCCUCUUGAAGUAGAAGUGCCUACUGUAGUGAAAAAAUAUUGUGGAGAGUUUGUAGCACCUAAAGAAAAUGCUAUUUCUGUGUUAAAAACAAUAAAAUCAAGUGAAAAUAAUGCUUCUAACCAAACUAUACAGCCUAUUUUAUAUAACAAAACAUACCAGAAUUGUUCUCCUCAUAUUAAGUUUCUAAUAUCACAGGAUGAUGAACAUAAGUUUUUCCAGACUAAUAGUGUUAAAGAAAAAAACUGCUUUGAUGCAGAUAAGAAAAUCAAGGAAAAAGCUUUCAAUCAAAUUUUGUCUCAUUCAGUGCAAGAGAGUUUUGAUGAAACUGUCUUUACAUCUAUCAGUGAUAGAUUUCCAACUGCAAAUGAUAUGUCUUCAAAACAAUUAUUUUAUAAAGAUUCAAAACUUCAAAAAACAGAUGAAGAAACUACGCCUUCAAAACAGUUUCCCGCUAAUGUCUCCAAAAGUAUUCCAAUGAAGCAGAUAGAAGAGAAUGCUGUAGAGUUGGCUUUUUGUGAAGAUAGUAAUGAUGCUCUAUUACAGAGUGCUUUAGAAAAUCUUUCACCUUUCAAGAUACCAUGUUCUAGUGACUGUUCAAGGACUGUUGUUAAAAGCAAUCUAAAGUUGGAUGAGAAACUGCUAACUAAAGAUUUCAGAUACAGAGUGGCCAGUGUUCAGAAGUCAGCUGAUCAGGGGGUUCUUCUACGUUUGAAUCCCGAAGACGACAGCAGUUCUUUAAAGACGUGUUCCCUGCAAGGUUUCUGGACAGACACAUUGGUUAGUGAAGGUGACAAUGUUCAUGUUAUUGCAUCAUUUGUUAAUGGACAUUGUGUUAUAAAUGAUGAAUAUGGCCUUCUUGUGGUUAAUCCUGAUCAUUUAGUCUCUAGUACUUCUGUUGUGUCAUCCCUCUUUUGCAUGAGAAAGGCAGUUCUGAUGGAAAAGUUCCGUGGUUGGGAGAAAGGGAAUCUUUCCAUGCUACAAGGAAGUUUGAUUCAUGAAUUAUUCCAAGAGGUGGUGCAACACAAAAUUGUCUCUCAAGAUGAGAUGAAGAGGAGGCUGAAGGUUUUGCUUAAUCAGCAAUCUAGUCUACAUGAAAUGUAUGGACUAGGAAUCACAGAGACUGAAUUAGAGACGGAGAUGAUGAGUUAUCUUCCACAUAUUCAUGAAUGGAUCCAGCAUUACAUGCUGUCUGGCCCAUCUCAACUGAAAGCUGAUAACUGUAAUGAAAACACUGACCUGAUAAAAAUUGAAGCAGUACAAGACAUUGAAGAUAACAUUUGGUGUCCUAAGUUUGGAAUAAAAGGAAAGAUUGACUUAACAGUAGAUGUUACUAUACAUUCAAGAGGAAAAUCACAGAAAAAGACUGUGCCUUUAGAGUUGAAGACUGGGAAGCCUACAUUUUCUAUGGAGCAUCAGGGACAAGUAACUUUGUAUACAAUGAUGAUGAGUGACAGAUCAACUGAUCCUGAAGAAGGACUUCUCCUGUACUUACAAGGUGGUCCCCAGAUGAAACGAUUCUCUACUGAACAUCGUAACGUAAGAGGUCUAAUACAGCUACGAAAUGAACUCUCCCAUUACACAGGAAAGGUACUAGAUAUGGGUCAAAACAUGGCACCAAGAAGUGCUCAUCUCCCUGAGCCAAUCAGCAAUAAGCGUGCAUGCACAAAAUGUCCCCACCUUCUCUCAUGUUCUUUAUAUCAAAGAGCCAUUGAAGAUUACACCCCAUCAUCAGAAAAUCAUCCCAUGUCCAUCUUAGUUCCAGAAACUUUGAACCAUUUGUCUUCGGAUCACCUAGCUUAUUUUAAAAACUGGAUUCUCCUCUUGAACUUAGAGUUAUCUGCCACACAUCAAAAAUAUGGAACAAGUUUUUGGAAUGAAGAUUCCUUGUUGAGGGAGAAGAAAGGUAUUUGCUUGAGUGGAAUGACUUUGAGAUCAUCUGUAAAACAUAGUAAACAACUGGAUAGUGGUCAAUGGGUGAUGACUUUCCAAAAGAAUUCUUCUGCAUCAUUUGACAACCUGAAAAACAUUGGUUUGAAUCCUUGUGACUUUGUUUUGAUAAGUAAGGAUGGAAUUUGUCAAGAGGUUGCCAUUGCAAUGGGAACUGUUUUAUCAGUGCUCAAUAAUUCUGUUGAAGUGGUGACUGACAAGGACUUAACAAUGAGACAAGGUUGGGAACAUAUGGUAUUUCGAAUUGAUCUUAACGUGUCCUUUAGUGUGAUAGCUGUCAACUUUGUUAAUUUGGCACGACUUAUGUCUCCUGAUCCACAGGCAGAGAAAAUACGAAGUUUCGUAAUUGACAGAAAGCAACCUAAGUAUUUAAAUCGUUUAGACAAGCAGGUGGUUCUGAAUGGGAGAGAAAUCAUGAAAUGUCUCAACAAACCACAACAGAGGGCUGUACUAAAGACUUUAAUGUGUAAAGAUUAUAUCAUGUGGAGAGGAAUGCCUGGAACAGGUAAAACAUUAGCAAUUGUAUCUUUGGUGAGGAUUUUAGUGAAGUUUGGUUAUUCUGUCCUUCUCACAAGUUACACUCAUUCUGCUGUAGACAAUAUCUUACUUAAAUUACUUAACCACAAUGUGGACUUCAUUCGUCUGGGUCAUCUGGGAAGAAUCCAUCCUCAAAUUCAGCCAUUCUGUAGUGAAAAGUUAACUAAAGACGUUAAUUCUGUUGAAGAACUGACCAAUUUUUAUCUCUCUAAGCCUGUCGUAGCUACUACUUGUUUGGGCAUCAAUCAUGUAUUGUUCAGAAAAAGAAAAUUUGACUUCUGUAUCAUAGACGAGGCAUCUCAAAUACUACAAGUUGCAAGCUUGGGUCCUUUGCUUCAUUGUCACCGAUUUGUCCUUGUGGGUGACCCCCAACAACUUCCUCCUGUUGUUCAAAGUAAACAAGCAAGGGAUCUUGGCAUGGCAGAGAGCCUUUUUUCACGUCUUUCAACACCAGAUAAUACUAUAGAUCUCAACAUACAGUAUCGAAUGAAUAGUGAGAUCAUGAGCUUGAGCAAUCUUCUCACGUAUAAUGGGGCCCUAGAGUGUGGAAGUGAAGAGACUGCUAAUGCUACUUUGACUUUAUUCAACACCUCCUUUGUUCGGCACUUCCCCUCACUUGAUUCCUGGCCUAUGAUUGCUCUAGCAGCUGAACUGAAAUACUCUGUGGUUGUGUUGAAUACAGAUCUUGUACCGGCUAAAGAGGCGUGUAAUCUUCAGGGAUUGGUGUCAAAUCCAGUUGAAGUGGAACUUGUUACACAACUAGCACUGCUGUUAUUGAAAGGUGGUUUAGAACAAAAGAACAUUGGAGUUAUCACACCUUACCGAAGGCAAGUACAUCUGUUACGAGAAGCUCUUGGAGCACAUAAUGUAUGUGAAUUGGAAGUCAAUACUGUAGAUCAGUAUCAAGGACGAGAUAAGGAAGCAGUUAUCUUCUCGUGUGUUCGGAGCAAUCAGGAAAACUCGAGUGGUGAAAUUCUUCAUGAUGCCCGUCGACUUAAUGUUGCUAUCACGCGUGCUAAACAUAAACUAAUUAUUAUUGGCAGUAAGAUGACCCUUCUUUUUUAUGAACCUUUUAGGCAGCUACUUUCAGCACUUAAAGAAUGCCAAUUAUUAGACUUACCUCCUGAAGCUCAUCUCACGUAUAAAGAUAUAGUACAUAGUUUGUAAACAGCACUGCCAGUAUAUUUUUUUUACAUUAUUUAUAUUGUUCCAUUCAAGUCUUCUUAGUAGAGCUCAUGAAAAUUUGUAUAUCAUAAUAAACUAACAGAUAAAAUGUUUUAUUAUUUUCAAACAUGCAUAUUUUUACAUAUAUUUAGGUAAAUCUGGUGUCAAGUUAAUUAUCUUAGGGUGAAGAACUAGGGGGGAAAAAAUCAACUGUAUAAAAAAAAAAGUGUGUAAAAUUUAGUCUUAAAAAUUUGUCAGUAAUUUGAGUUGUUUUUUAAAAAUAAUAUCAUACAUUCCUACUCUAUGUAGAACAUAUUUUAUAUGUCUAGCAGAGUAUUUAAAAGUUAUGUCUUAAUUUCUUUGGAGAAGUUUAUAUUGGCUGCACUAUACCAAAGUCAAAUUUAAAUCACAAAAAAAAAAUAAGCACGUUAAAAGUUGCUCAAUUUUCUAGAGUUGUUGAUACCAUUUUUAAUGUUUAUGUACAUUAUUUUGAAAAAUGGUGCAGGAUUUCCUGGCUGUAAAGCUUCUUUACAUAUUGUAAGAAAAAAUAUUUUUAAGAAUUCAGAAACUUUGAUACCACUUUGUGAAUUUUGUUCUUUUAAGAUUACAGCUGAUAUUAAUAUGUGUUUACACAGUAUUUGGUGUAUGAUGUAUUGAAAUAUUAGAUACAAAUGUUGAUAACAACUAAAGGAAAGCAAAAUUAAAAUAUGCUAUACUGAUGAAGAAACAUUUUUAUUUGGUGUUGUAACAUUAAUAAUGAUCUAUAUCUUUAUAUUGAAUAAAGGUGUAAGACUUUUUAGCAGUUAAGUGUUUUUUUAUGUAACUUGGAUUUUUUUUA